AUGAUAUCCAAAGAAAUCAACGCGUCUGAGAUCGCCACCCAAUGGAUCACCAGCUUCAACAAGGCCGCAACAGAUGGCGAUGUCGACGCAUUUGUCAAGCACUUUCUCCCCGACGGGUGGCUUCGCGACCUCCUUUGCUUUACCUGGGACUUCCGCUCCGUCGACGGACAUGACAACCUCGCCUCCUUCUUCUCGGAGUCCCUCGGCGCCGGCACGCGUUUCUCUACUGUCGGCAUGCACGACAUCGUGCUCGACACGAGUAGCACCCUCAGCGGCCCCUCCACAUUCCCCGUUCCAGGGACGGAGAUCGUCGGGGUCCAGGGCGCGUUCCAUUUCGCACUGCGCGAGCCCGCGGCACGAGGGCGUGGGUUCUUCAGACUGAUGCCUUCGCAGGAGGGAUACAAGGCGCUCGUGGUGUACACGGCGAUGCACGAACUUGUGGGCCACGAGGAGCCGACAGAAAGGCCGAGGGGGAUUCCGCUGGAUGCGACGAAGAUGACUACGUGGGAGGAGGACAGGGAGAAGGAGGUUGAGGCUAUUGAGAGUGAUCCUACGGUACUCAUUGUUGGCGGUGGUCAGUGUGGGUUGAUGGCUGCUGCGCGGUUCCGUCGCAUGGGUAUUCGCGCUUUGGUUAUUGAGAAGACGCCUCGCGUCGGUGAUGUCUGGCGUAACCGAUACCCGACUCUCACUCUGCAUUUCCCCGCCCAUAUGAGCUCCUUCCUUUACCAACCCUACCCCCAAACCUAUCCGCAGUACAUCGGCCGUACGAGGCUUGCAGACUUCAUGGAAUCCUAUGCGAUCCAGCAAGAGCUUACCAUCUGGACGUCCUCCACCCUCCAAUCCAAUCCCGCGCCCGUAUUCAACGAGACGACGAAGCGCUGGACCGUCGUUGUAAAUCGCGUGGGCAAUGUGGUGACGCUCAACCCCAAACACCUCGUCAUCGCAACGGGAAUCGGCGCUCCGCACGUCCCGCAAAUACCUGGGCAGGACAAGUUCAGGGGUGACGUGUACCAUUCGGACUUGCACACUGGCGCUGCGCAGUAUAAGGGCAAGAAGGCCGUUGUUAUUGGCGCUGGAAACGCUUCUGCGGACAUUUGCCAAGACCUCGUCUCCAAAGGUGCGGCGUCGACAACGCUCGUUCAGCGCAGUGCAACAUGCGUCACGUCCCUCAAAUUGGUGGAGACACGUUUUAGUGCCGUAUACUCGGAGGACCGCGACCUCGACGACGCGGACCUGAUGAAUGAUUCAAUGCCGCCGCGACUGAUCCUCCAGAUCUCGGAACGAACCCUUGAGAAGUCCAAAAAGGACGAUGCAGCACUGCACAAGGCGCUCGAGGAGAAAGGGAUGAAGCUUACAUCAGAGUACAACGGCGUCAAAGCGGGCGGGCUUGGCUUCGCGUAUGAGCAGUUGGCGGGGGAGAAGUUGACGGGGAGCACGAUCCUCGACACGGGCAUUGGCCAGCUCAUCGCCAACGGGCAUGUGAAGGUGAAGCAGGGCGUUCAACCCUCGCACUUUGAGGAGAACGCCAUCGUGUUUAACGAUGGCUCCAAGAUUGAAGCGGACGUCGUCGUCCUUGCUACCGGCUACUACCCCGCAAUCGCAGGAUUACAAGCGCUUUUAGGCCCCGAAAUUGCUACCAAAGUCGGCCCCGUUUGGGGCCUCGACAGCGUCGGCGAGCUGCGCCGCACAUGGCGUCCCUCGGGGCAGCAGGGCCUGUGGAUCUUCCUAGGCGGGUUCCAGCAGGCGAGGUAUCACAGCCGCCAUGUCGGGCUGCAGAUUCUUGCGGAGGAGCUGGGGAUAAAGGCCGUUACAGAGGCUAUUCCUAGUGAGUACUUUGCGAAGCGCGUGGCGUGCGGUCGUGCGGAUGGGUUAUGCUGA